AUGACGUCUCCAAAGCGUCGUAUCGAGACGGACGUCAUGAAGCUCCUCAUGUCGGACUACGAGAUUACACUCAUCAACGAUAGCAUGCAGGAGUUCUACGUUCGUUUCCAUGGACCACAAGAAACGCCUUUCGCCGGUGGUGUAUGGAAGAUCCACGUCGAACUCCCAGACCAGUAUCCGUACAAAUCGCCCUCGAUCGGCUUCAUGAACAAGAUCUUCCAUCCCAACAUCGACGAACUCUCAGGCUCCGUCUGUCUCGACGUCAUCAACCAAACGUGGUCACCCAUGUUCGACUGCAUCAACAUCUUUGAAGUCUUCCUACCGCAGUUGCUGCGCUAUCCGAACCCGACCGAUCCACUCAACGGAGAGGCAGCAGCGUUGUUGAUGAGGGAACCAAAGACGUACGAGGCCAGGGUGAAGGAUUACGUACAGCGAUUCGCGACCCGGGAAGCGGCCAACGCAGCGGGCGAGGAAGAGGAUGAGGACGAGGACGAGGAGGACGAGAUGUCCGAUGUCGGAAGCUUUAGCGAUCACGAACCGAUGGGUGAUAUGGAGAUGUGA